CCUAGCUGUUGCUCGUGUUUUAUUCGGCUUGUAGCCAUGGCUCGGUUCGCUGCCCUACUGCUUUUACCUGUUCUCAUUGAAUCGGUAUUUUCGAUUUCUUUCUUUCUACCUGUAAAUUCAAGGAAAUGUCUUCGGGAAGAGAUCCACAAAGACGUGCUCGUCACGGGGGAGUAUGACAUCAACGACGAGUCCAACACCAAAACCAACCUGAAGAUCACAGACUCAUCAGGACACAUCCUCUACUCGAAGGAAGAUGCAACGAAAGGGAAGUUUGCCUUCACAACAGAAGAUUAUGACAUGUUUGAAGUGUGCUUUGAGAGCAAGUCCCCAAUGGAUCGCCAAGGUGGAGAAGCUGAAGCCCCUGGAGGUGGAGCUAAGGCGGCUGGAGGACCUAUCAGAGUCCAUCGUCAACGACUUUGCCUACAUGAAGAGGAGAGAGGAGGAGAUGAGGGAUACCAACGAGUCCACCAACACACGCGUCCUCUACUUCAGUAUCUUCUCUAUGUGCUGUCUGAUUGGCCUGGCCACCUGGCAGGUCUUCUACCUGCGACGCUUCUUCAAGGCCAAGAAGCUCAUCGAGUAGAGAGAGAGAGGCAUCACCACUCCGCCCAGGGAGAGCAGCCAAUGCUUACCCGAUCAAUCUCCACCCGCCUCGGACUAACUUCGUCAAAACUAGAGCUGUGUCCGAAAUGACUGGAGGAGAUGGAGACCAGCUCACUGUCGAGGGGCGAAAGAGGAAUAAAUCCAAAAACAGAAACGGGAAUAAUUGUAGUCCUUUAUUGGACAGUGUGCCGGUCUCCAUCUCUUCCAGUGUUCUUAUUUUGACCUUUACACCUGGAACCAGCGCUAUUCAGUAGUAAGGACAGACUCCUAGAAUUCAUAUUUAUGUGUUUUUAAAUGCCAUCAUAUUUCCUCUAGAGUGCACGACUUUUUUUUACCAGAACCCCAUAGGGCUCCGGGUUCCCCCCCCAUAGGGCUCCGGGU